AUGAAAUAUCAAUAUUCUAUUGUAUUAGAAGAAACAAAAAUUGAGUUGCAUUGGUCUGUGAAUAAUGAUGAAAUUAUAUUUGACCUACAUGCAGCAACAAUAGGAUGGAUUGCAUUGGGAGUUAGUCUUGGAAACAUGUUGGUGGAUAUUGGCGUUGGAUGGAUUGAUGUUGGUGGAAUUCAUUUCCAAGAUCGUUAUGGUGUUAAUAUUUCAACAACCUCUAUUGAUAAUACUACCGUUGAUUGGUUUCCAUUGAACGGUACAGAGAAACGGGGUUGGACAGCAAUACAAAUCAAACGAAAACUAGACACAUGUGAUCCAAUGGAUAUUCCAAUUAAGUCGGGCGUACAAAUUCUUAUAUAUGCAUACGCUGGGAAUGAUCCAAAAAAUGAUCAGAUCAACUUUUAUGAUUCAAACAGAGGCAUUCGAGCAUUGCCAUUAUUAAGUUAUAUCAGUCCACCGGAUGAAGGGAAGUUUAACGGGCUCGAUUAUUUUGACUAUCGCAUGACCGAUUAUGUUGUACCACUUGAUGAUCAUACAUUCUACUGCAAGAUUUUCAAAGCACCAAUAACGAAGCGUCAUGUGAUUGCCGUAAGUGCAAGAAAAUUUGGUAAUGUCGAUGAGCAUGUAUUGCUUCAAUACUCAGUGUUAAUGAAUAAUAGAAAUCGUGAUCUGUUGAAUCGUGUAGCUAUUUAUGAAUGCGACCCUAACUUGAUAACGUUCGAUGACACUAAUUUACCUGAUGGUGUAUGUAGUCAGCUUAUUGGAAACCCAUUUAGUGCAUGCAUAAGCCAGAUUGGACCAUUAUGGGGUGAAGGUGGGGAUGUGACGGUAGAAUAUCCAACAGAAACUGGUUAUCCAAUGGGUGGCGAUUAUCCGACUAAAUAUUACUUGAUGCAUGUGCAUUAUUACAAUCCAAAUUUGAUUCAAAAUCUUACAGAUAGUUCUGGUCUACGUUUUUAUUUGAGUAGACAAUUACGUCAAUAUGACAUCGGUUAUUUAACACUAGGCGCUGAAUCAAGCCAUUUGGGAGUGACACUUCCGCCCAAUAUGGAUCAAUUCAUUCUAGAUGCAUACUGUCCUGGCAUUUUUACCAAAGUAUGUGUUUAA